AUGAGAGCUGUCCUCCCCGACGGUGCUGGAGCGCACCCUGCAGCCUUCUGCUACCAGGUGAACGGGUCUUGCCCCAGAACAACCCACCCUCUGGGCAUCCGUGUGGCCAUCUACCUGGCCUGUGCAGCAGGCAUGCUGCUCACCAUCCUGGGGAACUUGUUUGUGGUGUUUUCUGUGUCCUACUUUAAAGUGCUUCACACUCCCACCAACUUCUUGCUGCUGUCCCUGGCCCUGGCUGACAUGUUACUGGGUCUGCUGGUGCUUCCCUUAAGCACCGUUCGCUCUGUGGAGAGCUGCUGGUUCUUCGGGGACUUCCUCUGCCAUCUGCACACCUACCUGGACACACUCUUUUGCCUCACAUCCCUCUUCCAUCUCUGCUUCAUUUCCAUUGACCGCCACUGUGCCAUCUGUGACCCCCUGCUCUACCCCUCCAAGUUUACAGCCCGGGUGGCCCUCAGGUGCAUCUUGGCAGGGUGGGGGGUGCCAGCAGCUUACACUGCCUUCUUCCUCUACACAGAUGUGCUGGAGAGGGGACUGAGCCAGUGGCUAGAAGAGCUGCCUUGUGUGGGUAGUUGUCAGUUGCUGUUCAAUAAGUUUUGGGGCUGGCUCAACUUCCCUGCGUUCUUUGUUCCCUGUGUCAUUAUGAUCAGCUUGUACAUAAAGAUCUUUGUGGUUGCGAGCAGGCAGGCUCAGCAGAUCAGCACCUUGAACAAAAGCUUGGCUGGGGCUGCCAGGAGAGAGAGAAAAGCUGCCAAGACCCUGGGCAUUGCUGUGGGCAUCUACCUCUUGUGCUGGCUUCCCUUCACUGUGGACACGAUGGUGGACAGCCUCCUCAACUUCAUCACACCACCACUGGUCUUUGACAUCUUCAUCUGGUUUGCUUACUUUAACUCAGCCUGCAACCCUAUCAUCUAUGUCUUUUCCUACCGGUGGUUCAGAAAGGCGCUGAAACUGACCCUGAGCCGGGAAAUCUUCUCAAUGCAGAAAUCCACUACUGAUUUGUACCAAGAAUGA